ACCGGCUGUAGGAAGCUGGUAGGCAGCUAACAGCUGGCUAAACCUCCGACGUACCUCCCGUAUGUCCCUGAAGGCAUCGCGCGCGGAGCUGUGAAUGAACCCCGCACCUCAAUGCAUCUCCAGUGGCCGCGAUGGCAGCGACAUAAACGGAGGAUGCUGAAGCUGUUCGGUGCGCUGGUUGUCCUCGGACUGGCCCUGGCAUGCAUCACCUCCUGGGUGCUGGAUAGCUAUGACACGGCUUGGCACCCUAAACGCAGCAUUCGGCACCCGGCUGAUGGAGAUGGAUCUAAAGGGAACACUCCACCAUUUCCUGGCGACGACUUAAACAAUAUAUUCUGGUUUGUACAGGUGUCGGACAUCCACAUCAGCCGAUUUCACGACCCAAGACGUAUUCCAGAUUUUGAGAAGUUCUGCACCGACACCAUUGAGGUGAUCAAACCAGCUCUAGUCCUCGCAACAGGAGAUCUGACAGACGCUAAAACAGAGAGUAAGGUGGGUUCGCUUCAACACGAGGUGGAAUGGCAAGCCUACCACAACGUCCUGAAGAGGUCACAAGUGAUGGAGCGCACCAAGUGGAUUGAUAUACGUGGAAAUCAUGAUGCCUUCAACAUCAUUUCUUUGGAAAGCGUCAACAAUUAUUACAGAAAAUACUCAGCCAAUCAGAAAAUAGGCUCCUUUCAUUAUGUCCACACUACCCCCUUUGGCAACUACUCCUUUGUCUGUGUGGAUGCAACCCUGACGCCGGGACCCAAGAGACCAUACAAUUUCUUUGGAAUCCUCAAUCAGACUCAGAUGGACUCGCUGAACACAUUCAGAGCAGAUAGUUUGAAAACCAACCAGUCCGUCUGGUUUGGCCACUACACCACCUCCACCAUCGUCUCCCCGUCUCCUGGAGUCAGAGACAUGAUGAGGUCUGCAGUGGCGUACCUGUGUGGCCACCUGCACACGCUCGGAGGCCUGAUGCCAGUCCUCCACAGCCGCCAUCCCUCCGGCACUCUGGAGCUGGAGCUGGGUGACUGGAUGGACAACCGCAGGUACAGGGUCCUGGCCUUUGACCAUGACCUGCUGAGUUUCUCUGACCUCCAGUUUGAGCGGUGGCCUGCAGUGCUCAUCACAAACCCUAAAGACGCACAGUACCUUCAUCCGGGGGUGGAGCCGCUGGGCCGAAUACGGAGAUCAACCCACAUAAGGAUCUUGGCCUUCUCAGAGGCUCCAAUCACUGCGGUCCAUGUGAGCAUAGACGGGGAGCCUUUGGGGACCGGCCGCUCCGCUGGGGGGCCCCUCUAUGUUCUGCUAUGGGAUCCGUCACUUUACCUCGUUGGGCUGCACACAAUCACAGUUAAAGUGGAGGACUCAGCAGGUCGCUCGACUGUUCGGGAGCAGCACUUCACCCUGGAGGACAGCGUAACCCCCAGCUUCGGUUUCACCCAGUCCUUCAUCCUCCUAUCAGACCACUACAUCCUGGGCCGAGCCCUCUUCCUAAUCACCAUGUUGCUGAAUGUGGGCGUGCUUCUCGCCUUCAGGUUCCUCCGGUUUCCCUUGAGCAGAGCACUCCCCUCUCAAAUAUGUUUAUCCCUCCACCUGGUCAGUAAAACGGACCUUUUCUUCUACUCUCUGCUGCUGUUCAACCUGUGUACAGCGUUAGGUCCGUGGUUCAUUGGGGAGCUGAUAGAUGGACACAGCGGCGCCUGCUUCGCCUUCGGUGUGUUAAUCGAUGGCCAUUUCCUGGAAGGAAGUCUCACUUAUGUUGUGGGAGUCAUUCAACUGCUGUUCUUCAACAUUCCCCUCACCUUUUACCUCUGCUGGAGCCUUUACCACCGUUCCCACGGCAACACCCUGCGAUCCCACUUGGUGCGGCCGGGCCGCCGCUGUCGGACUCUGGCGGUGCACCUCCUCAUGCUGCUGCUGCUCGGCUGGCAGGCCCACUCCUGCUACUUCCUCCUGGAGACCUACGGCGCCACGGCCUUCUUCCUGUCUCCCGUCCGCACGUGGGCUCUGGCGCUCAGCUUGGUUUUGGUCUACCGUGCCUGGACAGGCCCCGCCCCUCUGUUUCGCGACAACAGCAAGAGCAACUCUUCCUCUUGACAGUAAUUGCACUGUUGCACCCUGAGCCUGACUCGAAAGAUAUUUUUUGCAGUUUCUGGCCUAAAUUCUUCCCCGUUAUCCAACAUCUCCCCUUUUCUUUCCAUGGAGCAUCACCGACCUAUCCGGUUUCUAGUCAGUAUCGUUUAUUUAAUAUGCAUGUUCUUGUGAAGCACCGACGAGCACAUGGUGGCCAUAUUUAUAGCAAUGUGUACAGCAUUGAAUGGUGAACAGACCUUGGAUGCGUAGAGGGUUUAGUGCAUUGCCUUUAGAAUGUAUUAAUUCAACAUUUUGUCACCUUAAAACCACUGAUGCAUUUCAUUGGGAUUUUGUUGCAUUUCAAGCACAUACAGAGAAAUCUUUGCCUUGUUCUCUUUAUUUUGUCUUCAUAUUAACUCAGUCCCACCAGAGGGAGAACAUUUCCUAAAAUCAAUAUUUAACCAUUGUCACAGAGGACAUGUCUGCUUUAAACUGAACUGAGUGCAGCUUGGUUUUACUUCCAACCUUUCUGGAAAGGGAAUCUCCUUCCCGAUUUCAAAUAUUUUGAGUAGCAUCCUCUAACAGGGUGGUUUCUUUUUUAUUUAUUUAUUUUUUUGCUGUCUGGGAUCUGAUUUCAGUAUUUUCCUGGAUGGUAUAAAUAUGAAAAACCAAAACAGGAAUAUAGAAUAGUAUUUAUCGUCCCAGAAUUUCUUCCCUUUGCCUUUGUCCCUCCUUGUUUCCUUCCUGUCCCCGUCUCCCUCCUUGUAGCCCUUCUUUUUACCCUUACCUUGCCUUUUUUUUCUUAUUUGGGUCUUUCCUUGUGUCCUCCCUCUUUAUAUUCCUCCUUUCCUGUCUGCCUUUUUUCUUAACUCCCUACAUUCCUCGUCUCUGUACAGGUUGGAUUUUUCAAGCCUGCCUAGGGUACGGAUAUUUAUGGUAAACUGAAGAGACCUUUUUUGCACUUAAAAGAAACUUAAGGCAUUGCUGAAUUCAAUUCAAUUCAGUUUAUUUAUAUAGCGCCAAAUUCACAACACAUGUCAUCUCAAGGCACUUUACAGUUCAACCAGAUCAUACAGUCAAAUUGAUACAGAGUUUUCUAUCUAAGGAA